AUGUCUUGUGUGUUGAUCCUGCUGUUGGAAUUUGCAACGUCUAGCCCUCUCUUCCUCCAAGAGGGCGCCGCCUGCCCCUCGGGCAGCUGCCUCCGGGUCCGCCACUGCCCGGCUGCGCUGCUCGCCCUCCGCCAGCGCCGGCCGCCGCCCCCGCGCUGCGGCUUCGCCGGCCUGGAGGAGGUCGUCUGCUGCCCGGAGGCGGGGGCGGAGGAGGCCGCCGGAGACUCCAACGACAUCCCCAGCGGCGACGCCUGGGCCUUCCCUGCGGCAGAGCGGCGGCCCAGCGAGGCAGCGUGCAGUUCUUACAAGGAUAUGCGGGAUGGUCUGGAAGACUACAUACUGCGUGGGAAACUGGCUGAUCCGCAUGAAUUUCCACACAUGGCGGCGCUGGGCUUCAACGUCCCCGACACGGAGGGCCUCAGCUGGCUGUGCGGAGGGACCCUCAUCAGCGACCAGUUCGUCCUCACCGCGGCCCACUGCUGCGCCAACAGGGUCAUGGGAAGGCCAGUCGCGGUGCGCCUGGGAGUGAACAACCUCACGGCGACAGCAGACGGCGCAGACUACGGGAUCUCGGAGAUCGUGCCGCACCCCAGCUACAGGAAGCGGCGGUCCUACGGCGACAUAGCGCUGCUGAGGCUGGACAGGAGGGUGGAGUUCAGCGACGCCGUCUUCCCCGCCUGUCUCAACACGCAGGACGGAGACCCGCCGAGCUUCACUGCCGCCGGCUGGGGGGCCACGAACGCUGUCGGAACGCGACUGAGCCCUGUGCUUCUGAAGACCACCAUCUACCCACGUGCGCUAUCCCAGUGCCAAAAUGCCUACAAGGAGAGAUUUCCACAGGGAAUGGACUCGUCGGUGAUCUGUGCCGGAGACCCACAGGGGAAGACUGACACCUGUGUUGGCGACUCCGGCGCCCCUCUGGUGACUGGCCGCUCCGCCCCCUACACGGCGGUGGGCGUCACCAGCGUCGGCCCCAGGCCCUGCGGCGGCGCCCUGCCCGGCGUCUACACGCGCGUCUCCGCACACCUCGGCUGGCUGGAGGGACGCGUCUGGCCCUAG